GCGAGGGAGAGAACAUCAGAUGAAGAACAUCAUUUUGAAUCAAAGGUAGAUGCAGGGGCCUCAAAGACCUAUCCGCAGCAAGCAGGAACUAUUCGUAAAAAUGGCUAUAUUGUCAUAAAGAGCAGACCCUGCAAGGCCAUUGAGCUUUCCACUUCGAAGACUGGAAAGCAUGGUCAUGCGAAAUGUCACUUUGUACCGAUUGACAUUUUUAAUGGCAAGAAGCUUGAGGAUAUUGUUCCUUCAUCACAUAAUUGUGAUGUGCCUCAGUCAUGUGAUGAAGAUGGUUUUGUGAGUCUUUUGACUGAUAACAGCAACACGAAGAAUGAUCUGAAGCUUUGCUCGAUUGAAAAUCCGCUCGCUCAGAUCGAGGAUGGUUUUGGAGAAGGAAAGGAUCUGGUUGUGACUGUCAUGUGCACAAUGGGAGAAGAGCAGAUUUGUUCGCUCAUAUCCCUUCGUUUUUUUUUUUUUCCCCUUUUAUUGUCCUUUGUUCUUCAAUUUCUUUUCAAUUCUCAGCAUGUGAAUGGCUUAUUGAAAUUACCAAUAUGACUUGAAGAAGCAUGU